AGAUGGCCCAAAGAGAAGUGCAGUUAGCUUCAAUCGUUGAGGAUAAACUCUUGAGCCACCCCCAGCCACAGUCCCAGCCGCAGCUGCCGCCGCCACAGCAGCAGGAAAUCAAUAACAGACGAUUAAAACCGAACCUACCUCGCCGAUAUCUUAUUGCAGGACCUAGAGAAAACUACCUCAAAGUUGGUGUCCCUCUUUAUGAAGCAGCGAUAAAAUGUAACUGGAACGCUGCCAAAGCCAUUCUUGAAAAGAAAAAGGAGUUGGUGAGGUUUAGUAUCACCGAAAAUGGGGAAACUGCACUUCACGUAGCGGCAUCUUCAAAAGGUGAUCCUAAAAAUGUGGAAGAGUUCGUGAGAAACCUGGUCGAUUUGAUGGAAAAAGAAGACUUGGCUCUUGAAAAUGAAAGCUUCAACACGGCCCUCUAUCUGGCAGCUGCUGCUGGAAACAUUAAAACUGUUAAGAUUAUGGUGGAAAAGAACAACAUCUUGCAGACAAUCCCAGGUUCUGGACAAAUGCUGCCACUAUAUGUGGCUGCCUUGUUUGGACAUUAUGAUGUUGUUAAGUAUCUUUAUGAAGUAUCAAACGAGUUGCGUGAUGAUUGUUGGAAUCCUGAGAACCGUGGUUGGCUUCUCGAAAAAUGUGUCGAGAAUGACAUGUUUGAUAUUGCACUAGAGAUAGUGAAAAAGUAUCCAGAUCUUGUUAGGGGGGCCAUACUGGGAAUUUUGGCUCGUAAGCCUAAAGCAUUCGAUGAAACAAACUCUAAUAUCAUAACGAGAACCAUCAAGACAGUUUUUACAUUCAUUGGUUCAAAAGUGGGUGCUCAAGAGAAGGAAAAUCAAGCAUUGUUACUAUUAAGAAUCAUUUGGGAAGACGUUGCAAAAAAGCCCAAGAAAGAAAUCGAUACUAUACUCAGAGGGCCAGUGGAUUCAAUUAAGCAAGACAAGUUAGCUUCCGGAAGGAUGGUUUUAGCUAUUCAACUACAAAAACUCAUUUCGGAACUUCUUGGCAAAAUGGAAGUUGAAACCCAGAAAAUAAUCAGAGGGCAACACGAUUCGACAACACAAGACACCAACCCAACUUCUGCGAAAGUAGAUCAUGCUCUGCAACUAAAGAACCUCAUUUCUGACUAUGUUGUCAACAUGCAUAUCGAAUCCCAAAAAAUUGUCAAGCAAGACAACACAGUAGUUGUUGGUAAGGGAGAUCAAGCUCUGGUACUAACAAAGCUAAUUUCUAAGCAUAUUGUGAACGUGCAUGAUGAAACCCAAGACAUAAUUAAGCGGGGAUAUGGUAAGGAAGAUCAAGCUCAACAUCUACAAAAGCUUAUUUCUAAAAGUGUUGCCACAAUGCGUGCUGAAACAAACUUAAGGGCACACUCUACUCGGGUAUUGUUUAUUGCUGCCGAAAUGGGCAAUACAACAUUCUUAGUUGAGCUCAUACGUAAAUAUCCCGAUCUGAUAUGGAAGGUAAAUGACAACAACCUAAGUAUAUUCCACAUUGCUGUCAAACAUCGCCACGAAGGUAUCUAUAAUUUAUUGUACGAGAUAGGUGCAAUGAAAGACUUGAUAACUCCUCUCAAAGAUGAACAUGAGAACAAUAUGUUACAUUUAGUUGGGACACGUGCCAAGCAAAAACAACUCGAGGAUGUGUCGGGAGUUGCUUUACAGAUGCAACGAGAACUGUUAUGGUUUCAGGAAGUAGAGAAAAUGAUUCCUCCUUCUUAUAGAGAACGGAAGAAUAGAGAUGGUUUAACACCACAUGAGUUAUUUACAAUGGAGCAUAAAGAAUUGGUUAUACAAGGGGAGAAAUGGAUGAAAGACACGGCUAGUCAAUGUAUGGUUGUUGCAGCGCUUAUUGCGACCAUAGUGUUUGCUGCAGCUUUUACAGUUCCCGGUGGGUAUGACCAAAACAAUGGUAUCCCCAUAUUCCAUUCGAAAGCAACCUUUAUGGUUUUUGUUGUCGCUGAUGCCAUUUCCCUAGUCGCGUCUUCUGCCUCAAUUCUUAUAUUUUUAUCCAUCCUCACGUCUCGUUAUGCUGAAAGUGAUUUCUUGGAAUCAUUACCAGAAAAGUUGAUUUUAGGUAUACUAACUCUUUUCCUAUCUAUUACAACCAUGACCGUCGCUUUUGGUGUCAGCUUUUUUGUACUUUACCAUAAAGGUUUAUUAUGGAUGCCAAUACUAAUCUGCGUGUUUGGGGUGUUGCCGGUCCUCUUAUAUAUAUCUCUGCAAUAUGGUUUAUUUUUCGAUGUAAUUCGAUCAACGUAUCGUUCUAGGUACCUCUUCAAGCCCAAGAAACAUGUUCUUUACUAUGAAAACCCCAAGGUAUAACCAUAGUGGUUGCCUGGUUGUAAUGUGUUUGUUUAAAUAUGUCCAUUGUAAAGUGGUUGUAAAUUCCAUAUAGAUUAAGUAUCAGUUGUAAUGUGUUUGUUUGAAUAUUUGCUUUGUAAAGUUGUAAAUUUCAUAUGGAUCGUGUAUUUUUUUCAAAUAUAAAUAUGUUCUGUUUGCAUA